CCGCCGCCAUAGCCGCUCCCCGGGCAAGAGGAAGGAGGAAGGAGGAGAAACCGGCGAACCACUCUCUCUCUUCCUCUCUCCCCCCACUGUUUCUCUCCGUUUUCUCGCUCUCUCCGUCUCUGUCCGACGCUCCCGGGUGUCCGCGUUGCGGUGUGGCGACGUUUUAACCUAUAUAUUCCGGGCUGGAAUUUUACCAGCGUGACUCGUCGUCUCGCACGCGUGCGAACCGGGCGAGCCACCCGGUGGUUCCGAGUGUGACGUGUGGACCUAGACACGCGAGCCGUUUCCACGAGCGACGUGUACAUCCACGUUCCGUGGGAGACGGUGCCGAUGAUGAGAUCGUCGUCGGCGAGGGCGACGACGACGACGACGACGACGACGACGACGACGAUGACGACGAUGAUGAUGAUGGGCUCGGAGGGAGAGCGCGUGGACGAGCGUGCGAGAACAACGUGGUGAACGCGGCGUGUCCGAGUUUUUUUUGUCGAUAACGAUAACAACGAUAAGGACACCUCGACGACGGAGAAUUCGUACGACGCGUCGUCGACGUGGAUAAUUGUCGCAUGCUAUUAAAGACGCGAGAGUGAACGGUCAAGAGUGGAUUACGGUGGUGCCGGACCUGUCAAAGAGGAGGUCCUCCGAGGAUCCCGAUGAUUAGCGGACGACCGCGACGCGGCUGGCAUGACUGAAAAAUGCGGUACCUUCUAGAAGUUUGCGUUUGCAACGCAAUAAUCGCCGGCAUGCGUAUCUAACAUCGUGUAUGAUGUCACGACACUCGUUCGGAAUAGGCCGAUCAGUGACGUCGAUGGUGAUAAUUUGACGGAAUAGAAUAAAACUCGUGAGCGUAGUGAAUUUAUUCGCGUUAAGCGAAAAUCCAUAGUGAUGACGAUAGCGACGAGCCGUGAACUUGAGGGUUGCUGCAAAUAUUGUGUGCCAUAUCAGUGAGAGUAUGCGCUGCGGAUUGCGAAUGUCAUCGCGUAAACGCAGUUCGUGUAUAAUUCGUAUCUACAUCAAUGACGGUGUUAAUCGAGCGAUUAUCGUUAAACUCCCAAAACCAAAGGGCGAUUAAAAAGAGAUUAUUCGAUGCGAUUCGUUGCAAUGUAAUGGCCAAUAUGAUUACAUAGUCGGCACGACACGCAACUACUAAAUCUCGACACGAUGAUGACGUAAAUGCAAAUACCAGAGUGAUGGAUUUCGUCGAGAAAAUACAUGACUUUUUAAAUGAAAUACUAAGCGGUCGAAUGUCACCAUUAAACGCACAUCAAUCUUACGUUUACUCAAGCCUGACGAUGAUUCUUAAAGCACUGUCACUUUCGCGCCGACAUAAAUAAGCGAAAAUUCGAGACGCGAGGAGAAAAGAUACGUAAUCAAGAUCAUUUCAGAUAGAUCUUACGUCGAAUCGUGUGAAAUUCCUAAGAAAAUGCACAUCGCGAGUCGUGCGAUAAUAAUUGCGCGAUUGUCCGGCCGAGAUACGUUGCACAAUAAAACUACAUUUCUCACGAGGCAUCUUAGAAAGUGGGCUUUGGUUGGAAGGAGGGUUCGUAGUCAAUAACGUGCCGCCAAGUGUCCAUAGACGAAGUACGCACGAUAUUCACCGGAGAAUUUAAUUAAGCGUGCCAAACAUCCGGAAUACCUACGAGCCGACCGCAAAAAUUCUCGUCAGUGGUAAAGUCGAUUGCGUGGUCAGACGUCAUCGCGCGAACGUCACAAGUGAGAUGGCAUAAUUCAAAGUUGACGAGGAGCGAGGAUGGAAAAAGCGUGAACAUUUAUAUAUUGAAAUUUUGCAACGUCUCAUUUCCGAGAGAUUUGCGUCGAGGAGACGCGAUUCUUGUCUUUUCCAUCGCGUUUUUCGACGCGGCGCUCGAAAGUGCAAAACGCUGAUCGCUGAUCGUCAGAUGCAGUGAAAUCAGAAGGACAAUCAGGAGACCGAUCGUCAAGCGAUAUUUGGCAAGAGUCGACCGAUUGCGGCAGCAUCCUGGUGGCACGUGCAUGGCAUUAAGCGAACCGCCGCAAACAAUUGAUCGCGAUAAUUCGAUUGCCGGUGCAUCUGACGCCUCAAGUUCCGGUUUUCGCCUGUCCGAUAUUGUAUAUACAGGACGUGCAUAAUCGCGGCUCAUUAAGCUUCAACAGCGCCGACCGUUCGACGAUCGCGCCGCUUUGUCCGCUGACGAUGUAACGUCGAGAUAUCUCUUCGCGAGUCACGUGGCCUUGACAGUUCUUCUGUACGAACGAGCCGGAGAAUUAGAAACGUGCGCGAAGUUCCAAGCCGGGCCGAUCGCGAUCCGAUUGCUUCGUCUCGCGCCGAUUCGGUAGAGUUUAAUCUGGCGAAUCUCUCGUUUGCGGACCGCAAUUUUCGGCUUGACUUGGCUCCACUUGCGAGAUACAAGUUCGUGAAAUAAGACUCCCGUCUUCCGUUCUCGUGAAUCGAACGCGAAACGGAAUUCUGCUGAGAUUGUGCCGAUUGUCCUCACGUAUUACACGUGUAUUCGCCGUCGAAGUGCCGUACUGUGACGAGAUCCUAGUGCCGUUCGUCGAGCCUCGACCGAUCCGACACACGUCGAGGUCUCCUCGACGAACUCGAUCGCGUCCAGCUCGAACUCGCGAUGCCGUGACGUCUCGACGAUGUGAUGAAAGCGGACGAUGUGCGGAAACAAGAGUAGGUACCGUCGCGCUGUACAUCGUGCUUCGAGGACGAAUCUGUCAACGGAUCGAACAAAGAGUAUCGCGUGCAUCGGCGAGAGCGGUUGAAUGCGGAGUAAAGGCGAGAGCGAGGCGCAGCAGCGGCACGUGAGACGGGUAUCAUCGCUCGAGACACUUGUUGCACGUCGCCACGUCCCUUAAAGAGGGUUCGUCGGCGUCAAUAUCGGGCCACCGGGCAUUCUUCGGCCGCGGGAAAAGCGAGAACGCGUGGGAGAGGCGAGCGCGGGUGGCCCCGUCCUCCAUCGUCGGUGUUCGUCGCGGAAGGUGCAAAAGUGCCAAGGGUGCGCCGCGUGAAAUCGGAUCGUCGUGAAACCGGGCGAUCGACCCCCCAUCGGGACCGACGUAAUCGCGGGGCAUGUCGCUCGACGGGAGGACGAUCGCGGACGAUCGCGUGGCGAGCGACGUCUCGCGGUGCCUCGUACGCCUGUCGAUCACCGUUCGCAAAAAGUGCGCCGCCCGGAUCGCCAGCCUCCGUGAUCGUUAGCGCGAUCGUGGGUGCGAUCGAGCGGCGUCGGAGGCGACGUGCUCGACGAGGGUUACGUGGCAUGCCGCCGAUCGUCGCGCGACUUCCCGCGGUGAUCUGCCGGGGUCGGUGCGUUCGAACGCUCAAGCGACUCGAUUGACAAUCGCGAGGGUGGCAAGCCGGCACCGGAAGCGGAGCAUCAUUGGCGUGUGAAUCGCGCGCCCUAUCGUACCGCGGAUCAAGAGAGAGCGAUCAUGUGCUACGCUCGGUGACACCGGUCGCGAUUGUGCGCGGCGUUACCGUUAGCGGUAAACGUAGCCAGCAAAGAAAGAGAGAGCAGAGCUGUCACUGCGCGGCGGCUAUCACCACGUGGUGGAUAUCCCCGGGCGUGUAUUCGGGCGGUUUCGGCUAAGGACAAGAGGAAACGAAGACCGGAAGGCUGGAUCACCUCCGUGGAAUGUCUUCGGGCGCCAAGCGGCUGGUGCAGUCGCUUAGGGGCCGGAGCGGGGGAGGCAGGGGCACCGGUGGCGGUCGGGCCGACGUCGGUGCCGGGGACGACGGCGGCGUCGGCGUCGGCGGGGCCAGCACGAGCGCGACGAGGCUAUGGCACUACGACAGCGGUCACGAGCUCGACGAGAUCUCGGUGAUCGGGACUGCCAUCAGGGGUAACGAGGGGCUGACGACGCCCACCACGCCGUGUCACUGCAGAAGCAUCAAGUACGGCAGCGGGCAGACACUUUGUAGCAUCGCCGGAUUGCCGCCCGCCCCCACCUUAUCCACGCACAAAGCACAAUCCGGCGUCAUCAGUGGCGGUGUGAGACAUCGUCUGAGCGUCGGCUCCGCGUCCGCUCUGAGCUGCGGGGGCGAAAAGUACGUCAGGAGCGGAAGGACUGGCGAAGGCCAAGCCGGGGGUUGCGGCAGGGAGAAGGAGGAUGACACCAAGAGCGCGGAGAACGUGUCCAGGGGAGUUUUACCCUCAAGGCAGAGCCUCUUGGACCUCGUCAGCGGUAAAUUCAUGGGCCGACACACACCUACCCACCACUACUACCACCAGCAGCAGCAGCAGGUAUAUUCUGUGUCGCAGCGAUACUUCAGUUCGUCACGUGACUCGCUUCAAGGAGGAUACGUGAACCGGGGUGCAAGCGAGCUCGAUCUGAGCCGCAAGCCGAGAAGAAGGGACCACCUGAGGGGCAGAUUCAAGCUGCCGUAUACAGUUGCGCUCACGUCUUCGCGUGACCAAUCGCAUCUGCACACACCGGCGUCGGUCAAUCAUCUCAGCAACGCCAGCUGUAACGGCACCGAAACAAGAUACACGGCGCAGCAACAGCAACAACAACGCGGUAGCAGAGGUUUUCCUGGGCAACCUGGAUCAAGGGGUUUUCGCACGGGCGCGCCGAAUUGGUCCUUCAUCUUCGAUCCUGCGGGACGCCUCUGUUAUUAUUGGUCGAUGGUGGUUUCCCUUGCCUUUCUUUACAACUUCUGGGUGAUCAUCUAUAGAUUUGCCUUCCAGGAGAUCAAUGGAGAGACUCGUUGGGUGUGGUUCUGCCUGGACUACUUCUCGGAUUUUUUAUACGUGCUCGACAUAAUAUUUCACAUUCGAACGGGAUACUUGGAAGACGGUGUGCUGCAAACCGACGCCACGAAAUUGAGAAACCACUACACGAACAGCACCACGUUUUACAUAGACAUCCUGUGCCUGCUGCCCCUCGACUUUUUAUACUUAUCUAUAGGAUUUAACAGUAUGCUGCGAAGUUUUAGACUCGUAAAAAUUUACCGGUUCUGGGCGUUCAUGGACAGAACCGAGCGACACACAAACUACCCGAAUUUGUUUCGCUCCACCUCCUUGAUACAUUAUUUACUGGUGAUCUUUCACUGGAACGGGUGCCUCUAUCACAUUAUUUAUAAGAACAACGGCUUCGGCAGUAAAAACUGGGUGUUCAGCGACUCCGAGACGGCAGACGUUGUCAAGCAAUAUCUGCAGAGCUACUACUGGUGUACUCUUGCCCUAACAACCAUCGGUGAUCUGCCCAGACCGAGGAGUAAAGGCGAAUAUCUCUUUGUGAUUGGUCAGCUGUUCUUCGGUCUGCUGUUAUUUGCAACGGUGCUGGGUCACGUCGCAAACAUCGUCACUUCCGUCAGCGCGGCGCGGAAGGAGUUUCAGGCGAAGCUGGACGGCGUGAAAACAUACAUGAGGAUGAGGAGAGUACCGAACCAUUUGCAGGUGAAAGUUAUCAAAUGGUUUGAUUACCUGUGGCUGACGCAGAAAUGUUCCGACGAGGAGAAAGCAGUGAGUUGUCUUCCAGAUAAGCUGAAGGCAGAAAUCGCGAUAAACGUACACCUGGAUACGCUGAGGAGGGUCGAAAUUUUCCAGAACACGGAGGCUGGCUUCCUGUGCGAGCUGGUGCUGCGACUACGGCCCGUUCUCUUCUCACCCGGCGACUACAUCUGCCGCAAAGGUGAGGUGGGAAAGGAGAUGUACAUAGUGAAUAGGGGCCGACUGCAGGUGGUAGCCGACAACGGGAAGACGGUGCUCGCCACCCUAAAGGCGGGUUCCUACUUCGGGGAGAUCAGCAUUCUCAAUAUGGGGACUGCAGGUAAAGAGUGCGGUAACCGGCGAACAGCCAGCGUGCGGUCGGUCGGCUACUCGGACCUCUUCGUCCUUAGUAAGAAGGAUAUGUGGGACGUGCUCAAGGAGUAUCCGGCUGCCAGGGUACGUCUAGAAGCUAUCGCUGUCAAGAGAUUGGAGAAGUACAAGAGAGCCCCUCUGGAGAAAGCUGCCAUAGGCAGAUGCCAGAGCACGCCCGGCUUGGUGGAGUCGCGGGGCCGCGUGUCGCUGGAGGACAUGUGGGUAGCACCCCUCGAUUACAAGACCCACGCGUACUCGACGGCCGCCUCGUUGUUCUCACCUAGCCCGAGUCCGACAUCCAGGCGCACCGUGCAAGGCCUGGGCGACGCGAACGUCCCUCGAGGCGCGGAGAGCCCGAUGAGCGCGGCCAGCAGCGGUCCCAGCAGCGAGGAUCAGACGGCCAGGGCGCCGCAAUCGGCCGCCACGCAACCCUCCACCCACUCCGGUAUGACCUGCAACAGUAUGACUCAGCUGGUGAGCGAGGGUACGACACCUCUAUUCGGUACGCACGAGGCUCUGUUGGCGGAGAUUCAGCGUCUCCGCGAGCGUUUGAAAUGUUUGGAAACCGAAAACGCGGCGAUGAGUGUCAAGCUGAAUCAGCAACAGUGGGAGGUCGAGCACCGGCUGGCCGAGAUCGAGAUGCAGAUCUGCGGGGCGAGUUCGACCUCGAGCGUCGAGGACACCAAUGAAAGAAAUCGAGAGAGCAUUAUUUAACGAGAAACAAUGCCGCGAGAGCGCGGCAAGACCAAGACCGAACGGACACGUCACUAUGUUGAAGCGACCGAUACUAGGCGCGAUGUCGAUGAUCAAGAAGAGCCGGACGAUACGAGGAUCUUUAGCGACACAAAGUCGAUCGGUAGCUUGAGCCAGCACCUGUUUGACAGCGACGAGGAAGAGCAUUACUACGGUACCUGCAAUGGCUAUGUCUCACAACCCGG